GAGAAUAUGAUGAAAACGCUCGUGCAAAUCUUGGUUGCUCGUGAGCGUUUCAACCAAGGAACAGGCAGCAUUAAAGACUGUAAAUAAAUAAAAUAAAUAUUAUUUAUAUUCGGCAGCGGCAUUUUCUCAAUAUUAUAGCGACAAAUUAUGAUCGUCAACCAACAGAUGUUGCUCAUGAGUCAUAUUGUGGGUGAUUGUAGACACUAUGAGCUGAGUGUUAGUUCAUUACGUGAAUAAUGGAUUAUUAUAAUCAUUUAACCUUAGCAUUUUGUAUUGACAAAGCUUUUUGUUACUAUGCGUGAAACGGAAUACAAGUUAUAAUGCAACAGAAUAUAAAAGUAACUUGUAAUUAUACGCCAACAGCAUGAUAGUUUCAAAUUUCCAAUAUAAUACGUCAACUUCUCAGCUGAUUUGUUUUAAGGUUAUGUUCUUGUUGUGCUACAGUUAGACCAAAAAGAAAUUAAUAUUGCCACUAAAACGUAUUUCAUACGAAAAUAUGACUAUAAAACCUCGAGAACAGAUCGGCAGUGAUGAUGAUCCCGUGGAAGGCAUGCUGAAAAAAACUGGCUGUCUGGAACUACACUAUAAAGUGCAGGAAUGCAUCGCCGAAACGAAAGACUGGAGAAAGUGUCAAACCGCAGUUAAUAAUUUCAGAGAUUGUAUCAACAAACAUAAACAGGAAGAAAUAAAUAAAAAUAAACAUUAAAUCAUGAUACGAUCGAAUAAA